AUGAACUUUUACCCCGUGCCCCCAACCAUCAAGGCCGAGCUGUACGUACGGGUGCCGGAACACCUGCGGUGCACUGGAAAGGAAACCGAAUGGCGAGGCGGUUUCGCUCGGCCAUUCCAGUACAUUUUUCUCGAGGGGCCCGUCGCGGACGAGGCUGGAAACUUGUUCGUCGUGGACAUCCCCUAUGGCAGGAUCCUCAAGGUCGACCCUUCCAAGGAAAUCAGCGUAUUCGCCGAAUGGGAUGGCGAGCCCAACGGGUUGGCCGUGAGACAGGAUGGCUCGUUUGUAAUUGCCGACUAUAAGCAGGGAAUCCUUACUUUUGACCCUUCCCUUGGCACUGUCAAGCCCUUGAUGUCUCGGCGUCAUCUUGAAAGGUUCAAGGGCCCUAAUGAUUUAAUAGUCGACUCUAAAGGGUCCAUCUACUUCACCGACCAAGGCCAGACAGGCAUGACAGACCAGACGGGCAAGGUGUACAGGUUACUACCGGACGGGAAGCUGGAAACGCUUGUCGAGAACGGAGUAUCGCCCAAUGGAAUCGUCCUCUCCCCUGACGAGAGGUUCCUCUUUGUGGCCAUGACGCGCUCCAACCAAGUAUGGCGGCUCCCCCUCCACCCUGACGGAACGACCACGAAAGCCGGCGUCUUCUUCCAGUCGUUCGGCAACGCCGGUCCGGACGGCCUAGCCAUGGACGAGGAAGGCAGCCUGUUUGUGUGUCACCCAAGCCUGGGCUCUGUCUUCGUCGUUGAUUCGGACGGCGUGCCCAAGGCGCGCAUCGUUACGGGCACGGGUGGCAUCAACCUGACGAACUGCUGUUUCGGCGGGCCGGAGAACAAGACCAUUUACAUCACUGAUAGUUUGGAAGGCAACGUGCAGAAGGUCGAGUGGCACUGCCAAGGGGCGAGGCCGCAGCCAAAGGUGGAAGGGUUAAGCAAAAGCAUAUAG